AACUACAUAACUCUCUAUCGUUAAAACGCUCCGACACGUUGGUUCCGUUACACAUUAACUUUUGAUGAUUCAACGAGCAGGGUGAUUUCCUGCAUUGCUGCAAUCCAGCAGCGUUUUUUUCAAAUCCAUUCGCUGAAUCUCUUGCUCGUGUCGAAGUGCGGAGUUCUGGUUAGGUGACGGUUCGAUAAAGUUGCAUUUAAAAAUGCGUGUUUUGGGAACUGUCCUGCAAAUUAUUUUUUUUGCAACAAUAACGAAUGCCCUCGUAGCACAAAGUGAUGGGAGGUCGAAUAUUCUCGAUGAAAGACAACUUGAAUCACACGGAAUCGUUAAGAACAACAAAGCCUGUCCGGACAAUCCUACCGCUACAGACACAACACAGCGGCUCGGAGACCUAAGAUCCGAAAUGAUAAAAAGUGACUUCCAAGCUUACAUAAUUCCUUCGAGCGACGCACACUUGAGUGAGUACCUGGCUCCGAGUGAAAAGAGACGCGUCUGGAUCAGUGGGUUUACUGGAUCUGCUGGGACAGCGGUUGUCACUUUGACGAAAGCUGCAAUGUGGACGGACGGACGUUACUUCUUACAGGCAGAACAAGAGUUAGAUUGCAAUUGGAGUCUCAUGAAAAUAGGCGAACAAGGCGUACCCACAAUAGAAGAAUGGUUGGUGCAAGAAUUAGGACCUGGCAUGAAUGUUGGAGGCAACCCUUUCCUGUUUUCAAUAGAACUUUGGCUAAUCUACGCCUCCAACUUGGCGUCGGGUGGUGUUGCACUGAAUCAGUCAAUCCCUGACAUUGUUGACAAUGUAUGGACGGACCGACCACCGCUAGAUGGAGACGAAGUCGUUGUGUUGCCGGUUCAAUAUGCUGGAGUAGAGUGGACGGAUAAGUUGUUGGAUGUAAGAAAAGAAAUGAAAAGUGCUGCAGUUGAUUAUUUGUUGCUUACAGUGCUCGAUGAAAACGCAUGGUUUUUUAACUUACGGGGAAGCGACAUACCUUACACACCAGUGUUCACAUCAUACACUGUGAUUGGUAUGACGGACGUGGUGUUGUUUGGUAACAUGUCAUAUUUCGCUAAGCAAGAAAUCAAGGAUCACCUCGCUAAACAAGGUUGCGAGUCUAACAACACGUGUGCGACUGUGCAACCGUACGAGAAUGCUCGGCCAUAUUUGCAGCAACUGACCACGACGCAGAGUAAUGCCAUAUUUUGGUUGCCUAGCGAUGGAACGACAUACGGAAUGUACAGUGUGGUGGAUGAGGACCACCAGAUUUCUGAUAUAUCUCCACUGAAGAUUCCAAAGUCAGUAAAGAAUUCGAAAGAAAUCGAAGCUAUGCGACAAGCUCAUAUAUACGAUGCCGUUGCUCUAUGUGAAUAUUUACAAUGGUUGGAAAUAAACGUUCCGAAGGGGACCGUUGAUGAGCUGAAUGGAGCUGAAAAAGUCAAAAACCUACGACUCGCUCAACCUACAAGCAAGGGCCUCAGUUUCGGAUCCAUUUCAGCCAGUGGUCCAAACGCUGCCAUCAUACACUACCGCUCCACACCUGAAACAAACCGACCACUCACGACAACAGAAGUUUACAUGAUAGAUUCUGGUGGUCAGUACUUUGAAGGCACAACUGACGUCACGCGUUCUGUACAUUUCGGAACACCGACGGACUUUGAGAAGGAAGCGUUUACCCGUGUAUUGAUGGGUCAAAUCGACACGCAAAGUGCUAUCUUUCCCUACACGAAAGAUGGAAACUAUCUGGACAUGCUUGCACGAAGACAUCUGUAUGACGUUGGAUUAGAAUACAGACAUGGGACGGGCCACGGGGUUGGUCAAUAUCUCUGCAUUCACGAAUAUCCACCGGGUAUUGGAAAUGCAGUUGGCGGAGGAUAUCCUCUACAACCUGGAAUGUUUACAAGCGUCGAACCCGGUUUUUACCAAGAUGGUGAAUUUGGGAUAAGAAUCGAAAACGUGAACGUAGUUGUUGAGGCAGUGACCGAGCACAACUUUGGAGGAUACAAGUUUUAUACAUUCGACCCAGUCACGUUGGCUCCUAUUCAACUUAAAAUGAUUAAUGUUGAUUUACUGAGCGAUAAACAGAUAAAAUACCUGAACGACUACCACAAGAAAGUUGAGGUGAUAGUAGGAGAAGAAGCUUUGCGGCAAAACAAACCAGAGUUAAAAGAUUGGAUCCAAAAAGCAACCGUGCCGCUUGCCCGAGGGACUUCAACUCGAAAUAAUAUAUCUUGGUCUAUUAUGAUAUUUAUUGCAGCGGUAUGCACUAUGGUUAAUGUUAGUUUAGAAUAGAAACAUUUUGCGGUUUUUGUAUCACUCGUUUAGGCAAAUAUAACUACGAUUCUCACACACGACAAUGCAGCUUUCAUAUGCUGCUGCACAUUUUGUGAAUGCAUAUUUACUAUAGUGUCAAGUAUAGUAACUGAUAACAAAUCAAAUGUAUAUUAUCGCGACGACACUUUCGGUUGGUGUAUCCCGAAUAAGUCUAAUGAUACUACGAACUAAAAUAAAAUAAAAAUGAACUAAUUAAUAUAUAAACCGAAUACUCGUAUUUUCUGGAUUGGCAAAUUAUCCAAGUUUUAGAUUUUGUAUAUGUCUUUGGCGUAUACUUACAGUUUGUUCGUCUUUUAUGUUUGAAAAUGCGCUUAUGACGUGUUAAUUAUCAUUGUGACGAAACUUCGUAAUUACAACCACACAAACGAAAA